AUGGCAUUCCUUCCGUCUUUAUUUUGUUGUUUACUUUACUUCUUUUUCUUCGUAAAGGAAGUUCUUUUUUUUGCUUUCCUUCUUUCUUUCUUUCUUUCUUUCUUUCUUUCUUUCAAAAAUGUAUUUCAUUUUUUCAUUCUGCCUGCAGCUUGUUUUUGUUUAACAUUUCUUCCUCCCUUUUUUCUUUCUUUCUUUAGUUCGUAUUUCUUUCUUUCUUUUAUUCAUUCUUACAUUUUCCUUUUUUUGAUUUCUUUAUAUUUUUCCAUUUUUUUCACUGCAUUUCGUAUUUUCUUUCUUUCUUUCGCUUUCUUUUUUGUUGCAUUUUGUUUGUUUCUUUCUUUCUUUCUUUCCGAAAUGUAUUUAUUCUUUUUCGUAUUUUUCUUUCUCUUUCUUUUUUGUAGUAUUUUCUUUCUUUUUCGCUCUUUCAUUCUUUCCAAAAUUUCUUUCUUUUAUUUCAUUCUGUCGUUUCUUUCUUUCUUUCUUUCUUUCUUUCUUUCUUUCUUUCUUUCUUUUUCCGACCGAAAUGUAUUUAUGUCAUUCAGUGACAUUACUUCCUCCCUUUUCUUUCUUUCUUUCUUUCUUUCUUUCUUUCUUUAUUUAUUUAUUUAUUUAUUUAUUUAUUUUUUCAAUAUUUUUCACAUUUCUUUCUUUCUUUUCUUCAUUCAUAUUUUUUUCUUUUUUGAUUUCUUUCUUUUUUUCUAUUUUCUUUCUUUUUUCUUUCUUUCAUUCUCUCCUAACUUUAUUUCUUUUUUUCUUUCAUAUAACAUUUCAUCCUCUCGUUUUUUUCUUUCUUUCUUUCUUUCUUUCUUUCUUUCUUUCUUUCUUUCUUUCUUUCUUUCUUUCUUUCUUUCUUUCUUUCUUUCAUUCAUUCUUUCAUUUGUUUAG